AUGGCGUCUUCGUCGCCAUCCGACGAUGUCUCCCGCGCCUCGAUGGUCACGAUUCCCACCAUCGUGACGACGGUCCUCGCCCUUAUUCUUACGUUACUGCGGCUGUACGUGCGGCGAUAUAUGAUCCAGUUGCUAGGCUGGGAUGAUCUGUUCAAUGUACUUGCGAUGGUCCUCGCGUUGAUCGUCAUGGGCCUGGUGCUCGCGGCGACGCAUUACGGGCUCGGUCGACAUGUUGAAUUCGUGGAUCCGGCUCAGUCGGCGUAUAGCGUCAAGAUGCUGCGGGUGGCUGAGUUCCUACUGAUUUUCUCUACGAUCUUUAUUAAGAUCUCGAUCAGUUUGUUCUUGAAGAGGCUUUUUCUGACGAGCAAGAAAUGGAAGAUCUUCUUCUGGUGCUUCAUCGCGUUCAACACCAUCACAAGCAUUCUCGAUGCCGCCGUCAUCUUCCCGCAGUGCACGCCGGUCGAAUUCAACUGGGACAAGUCGAUUGAGGGCGGAUCGUGCUGGUCGAACGAGGCGAUCGAUGCAGUGGGGAUUGCACAGGGGGCCAUCGCCGCUGUCACCGACUUUGUGCUCUCCAUUCUCCCGAUCCUCUUCCUGUGGAACGUGAAACUUCCCAAGCGAGUGAAGGUGGGAAUCUGCGGGAUCAUGGCGCUGGGAUUUGCGAGCGGAGCGUUCGCUAUCGCCCGAACAGCUCUGGUGCCGGACUUGACCACCACCACGGAUCCGACCUGGGACCUGGUUGAACUGUUCAUGUGGGCCGACCUGGAAGCCACUUUCGGCGUGAUCGCGGCGGCCGCCCCGUCGGUGCGUCCGCUCAUCGGCCACAACGCCAUGACCACGGAAUCGUACACGCGGUCCAAGUCGCACACGCUGCCGCUGCGCAGUCUGGCAACGGGCCACCAGUCGCGACGCGAGUGGAGACAGACCAUCCUCGACACGAUGGACGAGCCAGGUGGUCGUAUCUCCAACGACGGAGAUAGCCAGUCGAACCUGUGGCAUAAUGACCAGGGGAUUGUGAAGACGAUGUCCAUCGAGGUGGUGACGACCCAGCGACCGCCGGACUCGGAACUGCAACUCCAGCUGUACAGGGGGGCAGGCGAACGCAGCUCCAAUGAACGAGUUGCCGAGCCCUAG